AUGGCUGAGCCAGUUGUUUCUGAAGUGAAUUUGAUCAUCUGUUUUGCUUCGACACCUAACAUUCAAAAGCUUCAAACUCAAUUGAGGGACCUGAAAGCGACUAGAGAAGGGGUUCAGCUAUGGGUCGUAGAAGCACGCAACAAUCUGAGAUCCGUUCCUGAAGCUGAUACAUGGCUGAUUAAAGCAAAUAACAAAAUUGCAGAGGCAGAUACAAUUAUUGAAUCCGAGGCCCGAGUUCAGACGGGAUGUUUGAAUGGGUGGUGUGGGCCCCGUUACUCACUGAGUAGAAAAGCCGCGAUCAUGAUUCCAGAUCUUGUCGAUCUUCAUACUGAGGGCAUCAAGUACACUCAGUUGUCCCACAGUUCACCACCACCAUCCAUCCAAGCUCUACCCUCGACAGGAUUCAAGGGGUUUGAGUCUCGAAAUUUGAUUGUGAAGCAAAUCAUCGACGCUCUGAAGGAUGACGAGAUCAACCUGAUUGGGGUAUGCGGGAUGGGGGGAGUGGGCAAGACAACAAUGGUCAAACAGGUUGCCAAACGAGUGGAAGAAGAGAAACUCUUUAAUAAAGUUGCAAUGGCAGUUGUCAGCCAAGAGCCAGACUUCGUGCAGGUUCAAAGUUGUAUUGCAGAAAUGUUGGGUUUACAACUUGGCAUGGGGAACACAAUGGUACGAUCACGUCUGCUACGUUAUAGACUUCUACAGAACGAUGAGAAAAUUCUAGUCAUAUUGGAUGACAUUUGGAAACAAUUUGAUCUCGAGGACUGGGGAUUUCCUUCGGAAGGAGGCAGCAACAAGAGUUGCAAGAUCCUUUUCACUUCACGAAAUCGAAAUCUAUGGAAACGAAUACAAAAUAAAAGGUACAUCCAACUUCAGGUCCUAGUGGGUGACGAACCAUGGCAUCUCUUUAGAGAGACGGUAGGCGAUUGUGCUGAGGACCUUGAUCUGCUACCACUAGCAAAACAGAUUGUAAAUGAAUGUGGAGGUUUACCACUUGCCCUCGUAACUAUCGGAAGGGCUCUUACAAACGAACGCAACCAACGUCAUUGGAAUAAUGCGCUUCAACAACUAAGAACCCCUUCUUCAGAAAGUUUGUCGUCAGGAUUGCUUGCAAAAGUGUAUCAAGCUCUAUAUUUUAGUUACAAUUUUCUAACAGUUGAGAGGGCCAAGAAGCUGUUUCUGCUCUGUUGCUUGUUUCCAGAAGGCUUUAAUAUUCAUAUUGAAGAUUUGGUUAGAUACGGAAUCGGAUUGCGGUGGUUUAAAGGCAUCGACAAAGUGGAUGAAGUAAGAGAUCGAGUGAAUGUCUUUGUUGAUUGCCUUAAAUGCUGUUAUUUACUGUUGGAUGGUGAUGAGGAGGAGCAAAUAAAAAUGCACGAUGUAGUGCGUGAUGUCGCCAUAUCAAUUGUGGCUAAAGACAAGCAUGGUUUUAUGACAAUCCAUGGUGCCAAAUCGGGAGAGUGGCCAAAGAAGGCUACAUAUGAGCUUAACACUUCCAUUUCGGUGAUGUCAAAUGAAAUUGUCGAGUUUCCAGGAGGAUUGAGAUGCCCAAAACUUGAGUUUUUACUAAUAGAAUGCCAGAAUAAUUAA